AUGAGAGAUGAACUUUUAGGAAAGGAAUAUGUGGUACCUGCUUACAUUGAUCUUCAUGUUAAUUACUCUCUUGCAUUUGGAAACCCUCAAAAUAAAACAGUCACAGUUAACAUUGAAUUCCCGACUGUCGAUGACUAUUCCCGCAAACUUUGUAAAAAUCAGACAAACGUGUUGAUUAUUCCUGCUUUCCAAUUCAAAAUUUUGGAAUUACAAUGUGAUAUCAUUGGAACACAUGUUAAAGCCUCAGAAAAUGUCAUUGUUUACUCUGCAACUAUAAAAGAAGAAGUCGGAGGGAUACCGGAUUUAUUGAUGAUUGAACAGCUCAUACCAGUAAGACUGUGGGGAACCUACUACGUAGUAGUGCCCUCUGGGAAAAGCCCCGAGGGGGACAGAAUUUUGGUGAUAACUGCACAUGAAAACACCACAGUUCAUAUUUUAGGGCACGAUCAUGUCACCAUCCAAGGUAAAUACGACAGAAUACAAAGACGUAUUUUAGGAACAUCGCCAAUCACCAUCAAGUCCUCAAAACCAGUGACUGUGACGCAAUUUGUUGUUCGGAGUGACGACACAUCUAUGAUAAACAUUAUUCCACUAAAAUACAAGAUUGAUAAAAGCGACUUGAUGAAAAAUGACUCUCUCAGUUACACUUACAUACAGGGUGAAAAAGAAGAUGGCACGAAUAUUUCACUGUCUAAAUAUCACGCAUACAGUGGGAGAAAGUUUCCGAAGUUACCCGAGUUUAUACUAAGUUGCACCCUUUUGCAUAAAGAAUCCGAACUGCUUCCUAGGAGUAACUGUGGUUUUAUGGAUGAAUCCCAGACCGAGGAUAUCUGGCCGGUAAUGGUGCCCGGAGAUGGCAUAGAUAACGAUGGCGAUAAUCAAAUAGAUGAAGACGAUUGUUGUCAGUCAGAUUUGUUUGGAACUCUGUUUGUUAUUCCGGUUAUUCCUUUGAAUACGUAUACUGUUUUGAAUACGUAUUUAAAAUGUUCUGUCAGUGGACAAGAUGAAAUAUCAGUUAGGUUUUCUAAAUAUCCGACCAUAAAUUGGAGUCCACUAUCUGUCCCCAGGAUAGAUAAUAUAUUUGAAAUAAAAAAUCUUACAAGAGAUCCCUUGAUUGUAAAAUCAAAUAAUGAAAAAGAAAUUUUAUUAUCAUGCCAGUACAUGUGUGAUUCAGGGACACAAUGUUCUAACAAAUUUAUCGUGCCUCCAGUGGAUAUUUUACAGACCGAGUAUUUUGCAACAAUUCCACUUACCCCAAUACCGGAAACUGUCUCUCAGAAAGGAUGCCUUGUAGCUGGAAUAUUUGAUAACACGAAAUUCACUUAUCUUGAGAAUACACAAAUUUUAACACUCCAAAAAGGUAAACAACAAGCAAUCCAACUUUUGACAGUCAAUGGAACAUUUAUUACAUCAAGUCAUAUUAUAUCAGUCCUGUGUUUUAUCAAAUAUAAGGCUGAUACCUCUGAACACUACCUAAUAAAUCAUGUCCUUCCAAUUUCUGGAACUCGAUUCAAUAUAAAAACAUCAGACAAUCUUUCUGAAGAAAAAUUGGUACUGAUAUCAACGGAUGAGAACACGGUUUUAAACUUGACUUCUAUAAAUCACGCGAAUUCAGAGAAUGUGUUCAAUGAAUAUCGUCUCAUUCAAAAAGGAGGUCAAAUGGAAAAUCUUGACUGGGAAAACACGUCAAAUCUCGAAUUCAGAGUAAUUUCUAGCAAGCCUAUAAUCGUAAUGGCAUCAUUUGAACGAAAAAACCAAGAUGGAUCCCAUUCUAGUGGGUAUGACUUUGUACAUGUUGCACCAGAUCCAAAUACAGAUUCCGAAGUUCAUGUAUACAGAAGCUUGGACCGUACGGAAUCUGACCUGUCAAAAUUUACCAUCACGGAGAGAAUUUACCCUUUCACUUCACAUCAGAUCCCAGGAGAUGGCGAAGACAAUGACAGGGAUGGACUAAUAGACGAAGAAUACUGCGGGUUCCUCUGGGGCGACGAGGUUCUCGUGGACUAUGAUUUAGACGGAGCGCUGAACGAGGAUUGUAAAGGAUGUCCAGAAGGCAAAGAGCUACUUUCUACCUUCAUUUGUGAAUUUUGCGAAAUCGGAACUUACCGGGAAAAUUCGUCUCGGAUUGAUAAAUGUGAACAAUGUGGAAUGAAUAUGACUACAUACAACAAUGCAAGUACAUCUCAAACAGAUUGUAUUCCUAUUUGUGAGGAAGGAAUGGAGCUAAAAAAUGUUACUGAGAAAUGUGAACCUUGUCCAUUUGGAUACUACAAAACUGUCUCAGCAAACGACACGAGUCUCCGUGUUUCUGACAGGUUUUGGUGCAAGAAAUGCCCAGCUGAGAAGACAACUAACGAUACAGGGUCUACGAGCAUAAAGGAUUGUAUAGCUAUUUGUGAGGAAGGAAUGGAGUUAGAAAAUAGAAUUGAGAAUUGCGAACCAUGUCCAGUUGGUUACUACAAAAAUGUCUCGGCAAACGACACGAGUCUCAGUGUUUCUGACAGGUUUUGGUGCAAGAAAUGUCCACCUGAGAAGACAACUUACGAGAUAAGGGCUACCCACUGUAUAGAUAUCUGUGUGGAAGGAACGGAGUUUGAAAAUAUAACUGAGAAAUGUAUACCUUGUCCAGUUGGAUUCUACAAAAAUGUCUCAGCAAACGACACAAGUCACGAUUCUUCUGACAGGUUUAGGUGCAAGAAAUGUCCAGAUGGUGAGACUACCUACGAGACAGGGGCUUCCCACUGUAUAGCUAUCUGUGAGGAAGGAAAAGAGCUAGAAAAUGGAACUGAUAUAUGCGUGCCUUGUCGAGUUGGAUUCUACAAAAAUGUCUCGGCAAACGACACAAAUCUCCAUGUUUCUGACAGGUUUUGGUGCAAGAAAUGUCCAGUUAAGAAGACAACUUAUGACAGAGGUGCUACAUACUGUAUAGAUAUUUGUGAGAAAGGUAUGGAGCUAGAAAAUGGAACUGAGAAAUGUAAACCUUGUCCAGUUGGCUACUACAAAAAUGUCUCAGCAAACGACACGAGUCUCCACGUUUCUGACAGGUUUUGGUGCAAGAAAUGUCCAGCUGAAAAUACAACGUACGAGUCGGGGACCUCGAGUAUAAAAGAUUGCAUAGCUCACUGUAAGGAGGGGAUGUACUAUAAAGAUGAUAGGUGUACUGAAUGCGAAAUUGGUUUUUUCAAAAAUACCUCUAGUGAAAAUAUUACUCUCAAGAAGAACUUAAGGUGGAAUUGUACAAAAUGUCUUCCUGGAACGACAACUCUUUCAAAAGGAGGAGACAAAUGUAUUGAGCUGUGUUCAACAGGAAAAGAAUAUGACGCAAUAACAGACAAAUGUUACCCCUGUAAACUGGGCUUUUUCAAAAACAUCAGUGGAAGCAACAUUAACUGUUCUUCGUGUCCAAAUAACUAUACUACCGGACAUUUGGGGGCAAUAAGUGAAGAGCAAUGCAAAAGAGGUAAAGUAAUACUCAAUUGA